AUGCUCGAUGGUUUGUACCCCUUUGGACUUGAGAUGACUCAGACCGAUGGUUCCAAGACACCAACGGAUCAUGCGCUUUUCGCGGACAUGGCCAAUCUGCGCGAGAAGCUCAUGAAGCUUCAGGUGGAGGAACCGAUGUUUCCAUCCUUCUUUGAGUCAGGAGUGGUUCAGCUUCCUCCGCCCGGACUGGCCAUCGAUCUCAAGGCUCCUGCCCAGGAUGCAGGCGCCGAUCUUGGCUCUGAGUUGAAGCGUUUCUUAUGUGGCCAGGAGACCAAAGCGCCUGCCGCGCCAACGGGGCCCUCGGGACAUGUCGUGUCCGUCGGCUCUGUGGGUCAUCCCUUCUCGUGCGCCGAAGCUUGCAAGUAUGUCAAGCGCAAAGGUGGCUGCCGCGAUGGCUCGCAAUGCACGAAAUGCCAUGAGUGCUUCUGGAGCCGUGUGCCUGCAGGACUUCGAGAGAAGGAGGACCCCAAGCCGGCUGAAAGCGUGGAGACAGUGCAGGUGCAGGAAGCUCAGCCCUUCUCCGCAGGAUCCGUGGGACAUCCCUACACCUGCGCCAACGCCUGCAAGUACGUCUGGCGCAAGCGCGGAUGCCGGGAUGGUGCGAACUGUCCCAACUGCCACUAUUGCAAGUGGCAGCGCAAGUCCAAGGAUGAGGACGAGGAGGAGGAGGACUCUGUCCAAACCCCCACAAGUUCCGUGACCCCGGCGCUGGGAAACAUUCGUCCUCCACCAGGGCUCGAGCCACCCUCCACCUCGCCCUCCACGUCGGGCAUGCAGAUCCAGGCACCUGGCCUCCUUUCCUCCGUGGGGUCCCUGGGACAUCCGUACAGCUGCGCCCAGGCCUGCAAGUACAUCGGCAAGGCCAAAGGCUGCAAGGACGGCACCAACUGCCCAAAUUGCCACCUUUGCCGAUGGAGCCGCAACGCAUGCACCAAGGUCAUCCACUUGUGA